AUGUCGCUUACCCAGAAAGCGACAAAACUUCAUGUGGUGAACAAGCAAACAACACAGCCUUCCAGGAAAGGGAAAAAGGCAUGGAGAAAGAAUGUUGACGUUACUGAUAUUCACAUCGGACUCGAGCAAGUGCGAAAAGAAUUGAUUCACGGAGGAGUAAUUACGGAAAAAGCAUCUGAGGAGUUAUUUAGAGUAGAUACACAUGGAGAUAACUCCGUAAGAAAGAGAUUCGCCAGCCGUACAAAAACGCUCAAAGCCGAUGAGAUAAUUGCUCAGCGCUCAUUUACCCCGGUUGUAUCUUCAAAGAAACGGUCAAGUGAAAAAAUAUCGAAUGGAAUCAUCGAGCCAAAGCGGCAACGAACUUACUACGUAUCACAUAGAGAAUUAUCACGUCUUCGAGAUAUUGCUAACGGUCGAUCUAAUAACUUCAUACAUGAGCCAACCGAAGUUGACUUCGACAUAUGGAACGGCGAAACUAAUUGUGUGGAAAACACUCUAGACGAAAGGUUUUCUUUUCUCGAGAAAAAAAGGAAAAAAGUAGCACCUGUUACCCUUAGCCAUGAACCUAUCACUUUAGUUGCCUCCGGGAGACAAUUACCGGCUAUAAGUAAACCACACGGAGGGUAUAGCUACAACCCUUUGGUCACUGAAUAUACAAAAUGCCUUGAAGCGAUCGGAAAUAGAGAGGUAGAGGCUGAGAGAGCCCGUAAUGCUAUUUGUGAGGCGGAGCGAGUUCAAAAAGAGGCACUAGCUAAGUCAGCUGCUGAGGCUGAAAAGGCCGAGGCGAGAGCUAGCUUUCUUGAAUGGGAAGAAGAUAGUACAUGGGAAGGUUGUGACAGUGAUAUGGAAAAUUUUAAACUAUCAUCUAAGCGACCGCAGAGAAAAACACAGGCCCAGCGAAAUCGGAUUAAACGCCGGAAAGAGGCAGAGAGAAAGGCAAAGCUAGCUUUAAAGAUCAAGCAAAAAAACUCACAAGUCGCUCAGAUAAAGGAACUUGUUAGGGAACUUGAAAACCGUAACCAUGAUAAGCAACAAGAUGUCGUUGAUCAUAGCAGUACAGAUGAAGAUUUCGAGUUGAGGCGACGCAAGUUGGGGAAGGUUCGUUUACCAGAAAAAAAUAUUGAAUUGGUACUGCCGGAUGAGCUACAGGACAGUUUGAGACUACUGAAGCCAGAGGGCAAUUUAUUGCGUGAUAGGUAUCGGAGCAUGCUCAUGCGCGGUAAGUUCGAGAGCAGAAGGCGCAUCUCAUUUGCCAAAAAAGCAAAGAGGAAGACUACAGAGAAAUGGACUCAUAAAGACUUUGUGCUGCCUUAG